AGACCGUACCGUGCGUGUCCCAUCGAGCGUGCGCCCGCCGCCACACUCACACUCUCUGUCGCGUACACGCACACAUACACACAUCAUCACCAUCAGUGUACCAUUAUAAUAUUGUCGCGUAUACAACCCCGCGCUCACCCUUCGUCCGCGCCGGAGAGGGUAGUUGUCGUCGUCGUCGUGACAUUGCUUGAUUUCGGAAUUUUUUUCCACCCUCUCGCCCACGAUGGAGAUCAGAUAACGAACCGUGUUUAAUUUUUCAAAUCCGUUUUCGCACGUCGUUUUUUUUUUUUAUCUAUUUUGAUCGAUUUCCAAGUACCUACCACUCGGCCCGCCGGUAAUAAUUUAUAUUUGCUCCUUACGGACGCCACUCGGUUCAAGUUCGCGUGCGAAAACAGUAUAAUAAAACAUUAUACUUCCGAAUUGCUUGUAGAAGUACCGUACCUAUACGCGUUAUUUGCACAAACCGGUACAAAUACAACUCAACACAAAUGGUUACCAUGUCGGCUUAUUCUCAGUUCGGUUACGCGUAUCCAACCCCCGGACAACAGAGCGCGAUGACGGCAGAGUCGGUAUCACCGCCGUUGGCCGCCGGUGGCGGGGGCGGCGGCUUAUCGCCCGACGUCAUGGGCGCUGCCGGAUGCGGCACGUGCUGUACCGCCGGAACCGUCGCCGGCGGCACGGGCGACCGCACCGCGGGUUCCGAGUCCGCCGUGGCCGUGUGCUCGUGCCACCUGGCCGCGGCCGCGUCGUUGCCACCGCAUUACGCCACCCACCGCAGCACGCCGGCCACAACGGCCGUGUACGCGCCGUACCCGUCCACAGACCAGAACCCGUAUCCGAGCAUCGACACGUCAUCGUUCUACCCGCAUUUGAGCAACCCGUACGGGCUGAAAGAUUCCACGGGAUCGUCGGACAUGUGGUCCAGCGCCAGUCUGCAACCGUCCACCGGCUAUUAUCAUUACGACUCCACUCUGGCCGCUUACGGGUACAGCGCGGGAUACGACUUGGCGGCCAGGCGCAAGAACGCCACCCGGGAGUCGACGGCCACACUCAAGUCGUGGCUGAACGAGCACAAGAAGAACCCGUACCCGACCAAGGGCGAGAAGAUCAUGCUGGCCAUCAUCACCAAGAUGACGCUUACGCAGGUGAGCACGUGGUUCGCCAACGCCCGGAGGCGGCUGAAGAAGGAGAACAAAAUGACGUGGGAGCCCAAGAACAAGACGGACGACGACGACGACGACGACGCCGGGUCGUCCGAGUGCGAGGACAAGGACAAGGACGACAUGCUGAUGGGCGACGAGAAACACUGCAACAAGGACGUCAGAAAAGAUGGUCACGGGGAUCACAUGAUGGGCGGUCAAGGCGUCAUGUCGGACGGCGACGACGACCGCAAACCGAUGCUCCAGCACCUGUACCACCCCGACCAGAUGCACCACAUGAAGGUUCACCAUCACCACGUCAUGCAGGACGAUCACCACCAGGACUGCGGUAUACCGUUGCCGCCCACCAAGCCGAAGAUAUGGUCGCUGGCCGACACCGCCGCUUCCAAGACCCCGCCGCCCGGUCAUCAGUGGCCGAACGUGAUCAGUCCAAGUCUGGCGUCGCCCGGUUUCACCAUGCCCAACAGCUCGUCACUGUCACCGUCUGGAUCGUCGUACGCCAGGUACGGCGCCAACGGGUUUUACGGCAGUGGUUACAAUGGCGGCAACAGUAAUUCGUCGUCGUCGUCGGCCCAGCAAAUGGCCGGAUAUCCGGACGUCCAGACCGACACGCCACCGCAAACCCCGCCCAACAUGAAGUUACCGCUGUCCGCCUCUUCCGGUCAACAACAGCAGCAACAACAACAGCAGUUUGGCGGCCAUCAGGCCACUUACAACGGGUACCAUCAUCAGCAGCACCACCAACAGCAACAGCAGCAGCAGCACAACUAUCACCACCGGCAACACGUGCCGCCGCUCCAGCAACAGCAGCAGCACGACGUGGUGAGGUCGGCCCAAGAAGUUCAGCAGCAGCAGCAGCAGCAACAGCAGCAAUAUCAUCAACAGCACGUAGCGCUCAGCCAACACAACAACAACAACAACAACAACACAAACACUAACAACAACAACCAUCAGAUGGGGGUCGUGGCCAACGACGCGAGCACGGCGUUCAAACCGUUUUACAAGACGCCUUCGCAACAACCACACCAACAGCCGCCGCACCAGCAACAACAUCAACAACAGCAGCACAGACAGAUGAACGGUUUCGUGUCACCCGUUUAAUUUACGCCACCGUUUGUCAUUUUCGGGACGUCCAGACAGACGACUGAACCUCCGGACACUGCUGUUCCGCUGGUCUAUCGUUAUAGCCGUCUUCGACGCGGGAAUUCUUCGACUACUCUCUAUACACACGUUCACGUAUAUUAUUGUGCUGGUCGCCGUUGCCGCCGCCGGUCGUCUUAUUGCAUAUAUUAUAUAUUAUUGUAUUGAAUAUAAUUAUAUUGAAACGACUCCGCGCGGGAAUUAAGAUAAUAUAUUUUUAACCGUUCUAACAUUCUUCUGUAGAUUUCUAAAAGCUAACAUAUACUAUUAUUAUUAUUAUAUUAUUAUUAUUAUUAUUAUUAUUAUACUAUC